AGGUCCGACAGGUUCAGCAUCAGUUAAAUAAAGUGCAACGCAACGAGAACAGCAAUGUCUGAACCGUGAACGUCGAUUCCGUAUUGACGGAGACAAUUUAGAGUUAGAAAGGAUAAAUCUACAAUCUUUAUUUCUGAACAAGACAAUAUUUAACGCAGUGAUUGAAUAUAAAGGAUAAAACUGGUAUUUUGAUCCUUAUAUCUUGAUUAUUUCGAUGAUGUUCACUAACAAGAAAAACAACUUGCCAGAGAGGCCUCACAUGCCAAGCCAUGAACACAUGCUGGAAGACCUCGAUAAAGCUGUGAUAGAUGACGUAGCGUUUAAAAUCGCAAGUGAGUUAUGCAUGAAAGAGUCUUACAAUUCAACAAGUGUUAAUAACACUGAUGAUAUAUACAAACAAGUGAAAACUUAUUUGAGUACCAAACAGCAGUUAAAACAGUUGGAAUGCGUCUUAAAGAAAGAGAUUCAACAAAUGCAUGCAGAUAACGAAGAAAUAAAGAGGCUUGCGGAUGACAUUAGAAAACAAGCAAAAGCUGCUUUGGUAACUUAAGGAAAUAAAUUCAUAUUUGCAAGGGCGUACUAAUCCCAUUCCGUUAUUUUAAUAGUUUAGCCCCUCAAAUGGAGAAAUUAUUUUGAAAUGCAUAAAAUUUUGACCAUUGUUAAUGUUUUGCUAAUAUAUAUUUUAUAUGCCUUUCUCUGAAGCUUUUGCUUACUUAAAAUAAGUAGAUGAAUACAUCUACUAUAUAAAAUACAUUUUUAAUUGGUAACUAUUACAAUUGAAUUCAUAUUAAGAAAACAUUGACGAUAUUUUGUAAGAUACCAGUAAUUAUAUCAUAUCUAUAAUAAGUAUUUAAUAAAAUCUUUGUCAAUAAUUUUUUUAUGUUCUUAACAUUGAUAUGCGUUUGUGUACGCGUACUCAUAUAUAUUAGUACACUGAACAGUACACCGAUUACACAGAUCGAUACGUUAUUUAAUGAUACAUCAUAUUUCAUAGAUCAAUCCGAACGAAAUUUGUAACAAGGCACAAGUAAUAACUUAAUGUCUAACAUUACUUGUAGCAUGAUGCUACGAUAAAUACAAUCUAUCACAUUUAUUGUGAUGAAUAACA